AUGAUGCAAAUAACUGUUGAUGAUAUGGUCUUGAAGGCUGUAUUCCUGUUACAGAUAGGCACAGGCCUGCUGGCAAAUACUUACUUGCUCUUCAUGCAUAGCUUCGUCCUUCUCACAGGUCACAGACUGAAGCCUACAGAGCUCUUUCUGUCCAACUUGGCUCUGGCCAAUCUCUUGGUUCUUCUUUCCAAGGGGGCACAGCAGGUCAUAGAAGACUUGGGACUGGUGCAUGUCCUGGAAGGUUCUGGGUGUCAAAUCUUCUUUUACUUUCAUAGGGUGUCUCGAGAACUUUUGGUCUGCAGCACCAGCUUGCUGAGCUGUUUUCAGGCAGUCACAGUCAGCCCCAGGCACAGAAUGUGGAUAGGACUCAGACACUGGGUUUAUAGGCAUGUUGGCUGCUCCUGCUUCUUCUGCUGGACUUUCAAUCUUGUCAUCGGCACCAUCUCUCCUCUUGAGGUAAAAGUCUUUGGGAAUAACACUAGUGAUUCCUCAAUGGGGAAUGGCAUUGCUUGCCAGUAUGUGGUUGCUGUGUCUGGAUUGUGUGCAAUCCCAUUAGCCAUUCUGGGUGCCCUGCUGAUGACACUUAUGGUGGCAGCCAGCAUGCAUAUGAUAUGCCUCCUGCACAGACACCACCAGAGGGUCCAACAUGUUCUAAGUUGCAGCCUCACCCACAGGACCUCCCCAGAGAUGAAGGCCACUCACAGCAUCUUACUCUUGGUGGCUGGUUUUAUCCCCUUUUACUUUCUCAAUUCAAUCUACAUAUUUUACAGCAAAAGUUCAUUUAGCUCCUACCUAUGGCUGCAACACUCCCUGAAGUUUUUUGCAACAUGUUUUCCCUCCCUGAGUCCCUUGUUACUGAUUUUCCAGAAUUCCAGGACUCUGAGCUCCUGCUUUUAG